AUGCCUACUGCAAUGGAUAAAAACAAAAAGCGGUCUCUACGCAUCAAAAUCAUCAGUAUGGGAAAUGCAGAGGCCGGAAAGAGUUGUGUGAUAAAGCGAUUCUGUGAGAAACGAUUUGUCCAUAAAUACUUAGCCACUAUUGGUAUAGACUAUGGGGUGACAAGAGUAACAGUGAAAGAUCGUGAUGUCAAAGUGAAUAUAUUUGACAUGGCGGGACAUCCAAUAUUUUAUGAAGUGCGAAAUGAAUUUUAUAAAGACACCCAAGGUGCUAUCAUAGUGUAUGAUAUAUCAAAUAGAUCAAGUUUUGAUGCUCUAGACUCAUGGGUUCAGGAGAUGCAGAAUGAAACUGGAAAUCAAACAGAUGCAGAAAAUGUGGUUGUAUGUGUGUGUGGAAAUAAGACUGACAAGAAGAGGUCUGUGGAUGAAGUAGAGGGACGUUUAUGGUCAGAAACUAAAGGCUACAUGUUCUUUGAAACAUCUGCACAGACAGGAGAGGGGGUAACAGAAAUGUUUCAGGCACUAUUUGAUGCAGUGGUAGUAGCAGCAGAAAAUGGUGGUAAAAAGGUCCCCAUACAGACACAGCUGGGCUACUCAAAGGAACAAGCAGAUGCCAUACAGAAACUUAAGUCUGCGAAAUCAGACUAUGAACGACUUGGGCUGAUACCUGGGGCUACAAAGGAGGAUGUCAAUCGAGCGUACAGGAAGUUGGCUGUGCUCCUUCACCCUGACAAGAGUGUUGCUCCAGGAAGUGAAGAGGCAUUCAAACUAUUGGUAGCAUCACGUACGGCUCUAUUGAAACGUUGCUAGCAGGACUGACA